AUGUGCAUCAAGGACACUGUGGACAGCGAUUUUCAAAACUUCGAGCGCAUCCGUCAAGGUUGGCAUAUAGAUGGAACGCCUUCGAGCUUCAUCCCCGGUGUGACGGACCACUGGGGAAAGAUCACCAAUUUCGAUGCGUUGGUGGGCGUGCUGCUCAGUGACACUGAUGCGAACAUGAGCGGUGAGCUCUGCUGCUACCCUGGCUCCCACAUGGACUUAGCCGGAUAUUUCAAGCAGAACGGUCUGGAUGACGUGGCAAACAAAGGUGCUGCAGGACUCCCCACGGGACAGAAAACAGACAGCGUGUUGAAGAAGCCGCCUAUCCACUGCAAUGGGAAAGCUGGUGACGUCUUCCUGGCCAACUACAUGGUGGCGCAUUUUAUUGCCCCAAAUACGUCUCAAGACAUCCGCUACGCUGUGUACUUUCGCAUCCGCGGGCCCUCCUUCGAUCUGGAUCCUCUCAACAAGGAGAGCAUGCUGGAUCCGCUGAUGAACUGGAGUCUGGAUGGGCCGGAUCCGCCAAAGAAGGCGUUUGCCAAGCCGUCGUUGAGACGUGCUGCCACCGUCGAGGAUGCUGAGCUCAUGAACGAGGUGUUGGACUAUUAUUCCGCAGCGAACAACGACCACACCGUGCCCACGUGA